AUGAUCGGACUUCCCCACACGAGCGCGACCUCCGCGAGGGCGCAACCGGAGACCGAUGGCUCUCCCUCUCCCAAGUCUGCCAGCCUCGCCCCCAUCAUGGACGUUCGGGAGGGUAGGAUAGGCAACGCCUUUGCCUGCGAAAGAUGUCGAAAACACAAGGUUCGCUGUGUGCCCUCGGAUACUCCGAGCAUUUGCCAGAGGUGCCAGAAGGCUAGAGUAGAGUGCGUAGAGCAUGUCGCUCGCAGGCGGCCUGCAAAGGCGCGCUCUGAUGGCCAGACUCCCAGCAAACUGCGCGACUUUGACAAGAAGCUGGACAAACUGUCUGCCAUUGUUGCGACCAUGGCGCCUUCUCUGGCUCAAACCAGUUUACCCUCGGUAGUCACUAUUCCCUCCCAACUGGCAGUCCUAGACCCGCCGCAGCAGGCCCAAACGGCAAAACAAGCAAUUGCUCCAACAGUGCCUCUAUCGUCUGCGCCUACCACUGCACUUCUCCCCAGCCCCGGAUCUCAGACCGAAAACUCAUUGCCAUUUUGGGAAUCUUUUAACGAAACUCUGUCAUGUCUUGGCCGAUUAGAUCCCCUCAUUAGGUCCAUCAGCUUGGUACACAUGCAAAUGCUGCUUGAUACCUACCGUGGCAUGGUCGACUACUUUCCGUUUGUGAUUGUACCCAGGGAUUGUCGUUGCCAGGAUCUGUUCCAUAAUCGCCCAAUGUUGUUGUUUGCAGUAUUAACAACCGCAUCCUACGAUUCGCCCCAGCUUCGGCACACACUUAGUCAAGAAUUCCGAAAAGUAGUCAUGGUCAAAAUCAUGAAAGGCGAAAAGAGUUUGGAUUUGCUCCAGGGACUGUUGGUUUUUAUAGCUUGGCACCAACACUACAUGGACGCUCAGGCCGUUUCAAUCACCUUGCUUCUUCAGCUGUGCCUGGGCAUAGCACAUGACUUAGGCUUGGACAAUAUAUCAAGAGCCGCAAGGAGUCCUCUACACAAGGAUGAUCCCAGAGACAAAGAAUCAAAACGGGCUUACCUGGGAUGUUACUAUCUAUCGUCCAACAUAGGGUUGAUGCAACCUCUAAAGGCACGAUCCAUGACACACACGACAACUGUCCGAAAUUACGCUUCUGAGUUGGCUUCUUCAUGGGAAAACAAGACAGAUACAGUUCUCCCUAUAUUGAUGGACGUUUGUCAGUAUAUGGAGGAUGUGGAGGAGACAUUUCGCAGUCAGUCAGAGCAGGCAGUGGUUGUCCGCACACAAGUCAAUCGUUUGAAUGAGAAGUGGGAGAACAUUCGCCUUUCCUCUAAAUUACAGGCAAAUGACUUUGCAACCCUGCAAUGGCUACAGCUUGCAGCCCGCAUACAUCUUUACCGAAUCGCCGCUUCUGUCGAUCUGGUAGACCGAGACUGUACGCCUUGGGCCUCAGGGUUCCAGCUGUCAUUGCGUGUAACGUACGUACGAUCCCUCGAGCAAUUCCUCGACAACACCACCAAACUCUCCUCGAACCAAUUCGAAUCCGUCUCAUUAAUCGACUGGCUCAACCUCGUAAACACCAUUACCAGCCUGAGCAAACUCGCCCUCUACGCAUCCCCCAUCCCUGGCUGGGACCCCAGCGAGCUCCAACUAGCCCGAACAUUCGAUCACUACCGUGACCAGCUCUCCUCGCUCAUGCCGCGUCCCCGAGAUACCUCCAACAACCGUGAAGACGCCUUCGAGCGAUUCCGCCGCAUCACCUCGACUAUGCGUCUAGCGCUGCACGACGCACCCGGCAGAGGAAGUCCCAACGGCACAACGUUCGAGCUUUCGACAGGCUCAGGCCGCACAGUAUCGCUACUGCAUAACCUCGCCCUCCCGAAAAUUAACGGCGGAAUAACAAAUGGUGCAGAGAAGCUGCCGAGUCUCCGUGACGUAAACCCUUCGUUCGACGUGACGAGUAAUGAUUUUCACUGGAAAUUCCUACUCGGUACUGUUUGA